UGAGCAAAUCGUCAGGUUGAUUCUUCCAAUUUAUCCAACAUUUUUACUCGGAUCUUGAAAUUCAGUGUUCACAGUCACCAAGGCGAAAAACUUGAACCAAGGACCAGCAUGAAAUGCUUUUCUAUCUCUAAACUCACCACCAAAUCUUUGUCUUUGAAGUUUCCGCUAUCCUUAUUCCCCAACUACCCCGCAUCAUCGGCGGUUGCCGCUGCUGCCCGAUUUCCAAGCCUUUCUCCUCGUUCAAUCCGGUUCUCUAUUUGCAGUGACGCCUCGAGGUCGUCGAGGGGAGGUGUUUCUUUAUCUAGUCGUGAUCGGAACUUGUUCACCAUGGCUGGUGCUGAUGAGUUUGUCAAAGGAAAUGUUCACCCGAACGGCGUUGCUGUCAUCACUCUAGAUCGUCCCAAAGCUCUCAAUGCCAUGAAUUUAGAUAUGGAUAUCAAGUACAAGCAAAUUCUUGAUGAAUGGGAAUCGGAUCCAAAGGUCAAAUGUGUUUUGAUCGAAGGCAGCUCACCACGUGCCUUUUGUGCAGGAAUGGAUAUUAAAGGUGUCGUUGCUGAAAUCCAAAAGGAUAGAAACACACCUCUUGUGCCAAAGGUUUUUACUGCAGAGUACUCUCUAAUAUGCAAAAUUUCCGAGUACAAGAAGCCCUAUAUAUCGCUUAUGGAUGGCGUAACAAUGGGCUUUGGCAUUGGCCUAUCCAGUCAUGGUCGUUACAGCGUGGUAACUGAGAGGACUGUUCUUGCUAUGCCGGAAAAUGGAAUCGGUUUAUUUCCCGAUGUUGGGUUUUCAUAUAUAGCCGCACAAGGUCCUGGAGGGGGUUCUGUUGGUGCUUAUCUUGGAAUGACCGGGAAAAGGAUAUCAACACCUUCAGAUGCACUAUAUGUAGGGCUUGGAACACACUACGUGCCAUCUGGGAAUCUAGGUUCACUGAAGGAAGCCCUUCUGUCAAGUACCUUUUCUGAGGAUCCAGACAAGGAUCUUACAACAUUGUUGGCAAAGUACUGCAGUAACCCCGAGUCUGAAGCUCACUUGAAGAUGCUUUUGCCUCAGAUAAGUUCAUGCUUCAGUGCAGAUAAGUCAGUUAAUGAGACAAUCGAAGAGCUUAAAAAACAUCUGCAAAGCACAGAAGCUUCUGUGGCAGAGUGGGCAAAUGAUGCUCUGCAGGGGCUGGGAAAGGGCGCUCCUUUUUCUCUUCGCUUAACAAAAAAUUAUUUCUCUCGAGUUGCAUCCGGAUAUGGUAAAAGUGGCAAUGAAUUUACAACGCUAAAAGGUGUUAUGAAAACCGAAUAUCGCAUUGCCUUACGGUCUUCUUUGCGAAAUGAUUUUGCUGAAGGUGUCCGUGCAGUCUUGGUUGACAAAGAUCAGAAUCCAAAGUGGAAUCCUCCAAGCUUGAACGAAGUUAACCUGAAGGAUGUGGAGGCAAUUUUCGAACCAUUAGGUCCUGGAAUUGAAGAGUUGAAAGUGUAAGUUUCGCAGCUUCACAUAUCAAGUCGUCUGGAUGGACCAUAGUGAUGGAAGUACAAAUUUGGAGGUGAAUAAAAUAAAUAAACAAAUGAUUAUUCAAAAGCUUUUUUUUUUUUUUCUUUUUUGGGUGAAAAAAAGAAACUUACAAAACUAAGUUACAUGGUUGGAAAAUGGAAUAUAAAAGUUCCUCUUUAUCAGCUUUGAUGAGUGCUGAGACUGCUACUAGGGGGUUUCAAUUAGUUGAAGGUCUUCCUUUUCUUCAAAAGCCAAUUUAGCUAUAAAAUUGGCACUUAGAUGGCACUUGAAGGCUUUUAAUAAUACUGUGAAACACUGGAGCACAAUCAUGAUGACAUCCAACUCUUAAGUUGAAAA